ACCCUGGUUUUGGACUUUGGCCAGGUGUUGCUAGACUCGCAGUGCUGUUAAUAUGAACAGUUAAGAGUCUCGGUUCUGUUCUGCUCUUAGCGGGUAAAACCGCUCCCGGGUUCGGUUUAGGGUUCUGAAUCUGAAUCUGGUUCUGGUAUUUUACAGGUUGGAGAUGAAGGCGGUUCUGUUGGCGGUAGCUGUACUCUCUGCUCUGACUGCAGCAAAACCAUGUGCGCCGGAUCAUGACGAGCUCAUCCUCCGGCUGAAUAAAGAUCUCCUGCGCUCCGUCGAGGAACCGGAAGCUCCGCCCAAUCCCAGCGUCCACCUCGCCCUGCGUCUCUCCGCCCACCACAACCUCGCCAUGGAGAACCAGCACCUGACCCGGCUGAAGACCCAACUCCACCAGAACCUCCAGAGCUCGCUGGCGGCGGGUCAGGCGGUGACGGGUCAGCUGGCGCUGUACGUGCUGGCACUGAGGUCCUCCUGCCACGACCUGACCAGCCUCACCCUGAGCGACGGCGACGCCCCCGAACACCUGCUCAGCCACCUGAAGAGGCAGCUGGAGAGAGAGAAGGAGCACAUAGCCUUAAGCCGCCGCCCCCUCACCACCUACUACCAGUACUCGCUGGGCAUGCUGGCGCUGUGUGUGGGCGGAGUCAGGGUCAGCGCGCACGUCAGCCACAAACUGAUCCACGCUGUCAAUCACGGCCUGAUCAAACAUGGAGACUCCGCCCCCAUCGACUCGUAUGCGAUGGCGGCUCUGGCUCUGCAGUGUCUGAAGGAAGCAGGAACGUCGGUGAGGAACGAGGAGGAUCUGGAGAAAUCUCUCACCAACAUCAAACAGAAGCUUCUGGACUCUCAGCGAGCCGACGGUCACCUCGGCAACCAGUUCAGCACCGGAUUGGUCCUGCAGGCGCUGCAGGUGAUUGGCGGAGGUGAGCUGCGAUGCUCCGCCCCCAUGGAGGCUCUCCGUUCCGACGCCAGGAGAGGGCGCUACCACAGCCCCAUGGCCCUGUCCCAGACCCUGCCUGCCCUCCAGCAGCGCACCUAUCUCCACCUGAGGGGCGGAGACUGCCGUAACGAGGACGACUCUCUGGUUCUGGACGAUGAGCCGGUGGUGGAGGUUCUGGCGGAUCUGUCCCCGGUUCCGGUGCAGGUGGAGGUUCUGAAGGCUGACGGCUCGGCGGUGGAGUACCGGUUUGAGGUUCCGAGUGGAUCCACACUGCUGGAGGUUCUGAAGCUGCUGCAGGAUCAUCAGAUGGGCUUUACGUUUGAGACGGAGAACAGUCUGUGGGGAAAGUUUCUGAGCCGAGUGAACGGAGAACAGGCCCGACAAACCGACCGCCGGUACUGGAACCUCUCUACUGACGGUACCAACCUGACCCAGGGGAUGGAGGAUUUUAAUAUUACAGCGAAUCAGAAGAUCACCAUCAAAAACACGGGAUAUUGAUCAGAGUGAUCAGUGAUCUAUACGAUUCCACCCAAUAUCUCACUAUAAUGGGUAUAAUAAUUAUAUAAUACUAUAAUCGCUGUAAAACUCAGAACUUAAUUUUAAUAAAAUAAAACAUUAAAGCUAACUGUGAUAUUUUCAUAGAUCUUCUUCUGUGUAUAUUUUUGGAAUAACAUGAAUAAAGAUGAUGAAGAAUAUUA